GAUAUUAAUAAAUAUAAUAAAGUUCAAGCUGAGUAUAACAAACAUAAAGAGGCUGCAGAACUUGAAAGAUGGCACUAUAAUAACAAUAUUGAAGAGAGCAAGAAUAACUCUGAUAUUACAUAUGUUUGUUACGAUUAG